GGCAGCAUUCCUAAAAAUUACUUGAGGGAUAUUUUCUGCCUCUACAACAACAAUUGAUUGAAAUGUGGCAACGCUAUUCACGCAAAUAAUUUGAUGUUUUUUUGAUUUUGAUUGACAAAUUACUUUCUUUGUAGGAACGUAAAAUUGAAAUAAAAGUUUUUGCUUCACAAAAUGUUAUGCAGACUCUGUUUAAAAGAUUCCGAUUGGUGUUUGGAAAUAUUUGACGUUAAUGGCGUACAAUUGGAAAUUGCGGAUAUAUUGAAACGACACUUCUGGUUCCAGCCUCUGCCCAAUGACACCAUUUCAACCGUGAUAUGUCGAAUUUGUUGGUUAAAAGUAAGCGAUUUCCAUCAAUUUUAUUUGGCAAUAGAACAAGCUCAUUCGAGUUUGAGUGAUACCUGCGUGAAACAUGAAACCGUAACUGUGGCGAUUGAUCAGGAUUUUAUUGAACAGUCUGUUCAAAUUAAAGAAGAAUGUUUAGAAUAUUUACGCACAAAUGAGAAAGUUGAAGAAUCGGUUAAUCCAUUAUAUGAGGCAGAAUUCGACCAUAGUAUGAAUGAGGAUUCAGAAGAAGAUGAAAUAAAAACCGAAGAAAUUAAAAAUAAGCCAGCUGUUGUAAACAAAACAGAAAAAACACUGAAACAAAAACGGAAAUAUGUGCGAAAGAAACAAUCUAAAAAAAGAGUGGCGACGAGUAAAAUGGAUGAAGAUGAGGAGGACAGUGAAGAUGAUGAUGAUGAUGAGCAGGAGAAACCAAAACGGCAGAAAGUUAUUACCUCAACGCCACAAGACGAUUCUAUGGUUAAAAAACACAUUCCUAUGGGUUGUGAACUUUGUACAUUUGUGGGCGAGGACUUCACCGCAAUGGCUAAACAUUUCCGUUUGCAACAUCCUAUGAUUAAACCCUACAUUCGCUGUUGCAACAAAAAAUUAAAUAAACGGUUUAAAGUUGUUCAGCACGCGUAUAAACACGAAGAUCCUGAUUUUUUUAAAUGUCAGGAUUGUCAAAAAGUUUUUUCCGAUCGGUACACUUUAAAAUCUCAUAUGAUUGCUACGCAUGCCCCAGAGGAAGAACUCAAUUUCGCCUGUGACCAAUGUCCCAAAAAGUUUUCACGAAAACAUUUGUUAGAGUUACAUCGACCUUCACAUGUACCAAUGGAUGAGCGUUCUUUCGUAUGCGAUCAAUGUCCAAACAGUCGAUUUGCUAGCAAUCAUUUAUUGAAAAUUCACAUAAGCAUGCGUCAUCGUCGGGCAACGAACGUGUGUCAUGUGUGCGCUAAAGAGAUACGGGAUAAAGCAUCAUUUGAAAAGCAUGUACGUUUACAUUUCGAAGACAGCGGGCCACGUGUUAAAUGUCCCCGACCUGAUUGUGAUCGAUGGCUUAAGGAUGAAGAAAAUUUGCGACAGCAUAUGCGUCGACAUAAUGAUGAGGGACUGGUUUUCAAAUGUGACGAAUGUAAUCGCGUUUGUAAAAAUCGUCGCGCGCUACGAAGUCAUAUACUUUAUGUGCACUCAAAUGAAGUUUUCACCUGUGACGAGUGUAAUAAAACUUUCAAAAAAGCUAUAACUUUGAGGGAACAUAUGGCACAACAUACUGGUGAAAGCCUCUACAAGUGUCCAUUCUGCACUCGAACUUUCAAUUCAAAUGCUAAUAUGCACUCGCAUAAGAAAAAAAUGCACCCUAUUGAAUGGGACGUGUGGCGAAAAACGAAACAAGGGAGUUCACAGCAGUUAAUAAGUAAACAACAGAGCACUUUGUAAAUAAAAUGCAUAGUAAUGAUGUUAGCCAAGCGGAAUAGUUAUUAUUAGAAUGACCGUUUCCAGAAUAAGUUUCGUUUAUUUUUUGUUACAAAGAUAAAUAUAUCUUUAUAUAUACUUACAUAUGUAUAUUUUCAA